AUGAAGUGUGUUAUAGCAGGAGCAAAUGUAAAAAUUUUAGCGAAGGCUAUACAUGCAUUAUCAAAAAUUGGAGAUGAAAUGUACAUAGAACCACAUGAAAAUACUUUAUCAUUUCGUACUGUUAAUAUGGCAAAUUCAGCAUAUGCUGAUUUUACAUUCCUACAAAGUUAUUUUUCAUAUUAUGCUUAUGGUGACUUACAAGAAAAUGAUGCAUUGAAAUGUAAAAUAUCAAUGAGGAGUGCAAUGACUGUAUUUAAGGCUCCACAUUUAAUAGACAAACAGGUAGAAACAUGUCAUAUUAAAUUAGAGCCAGAUGCAUCUGAAAUUUUGUUUAUUUUAAAGUAUAAAAACAGUAUUACUAAGACUCAUUUAUUGCCCAUUCUAGAUUGUGAAAUAUUACAAGUAUGUAUCAUAUAUCUAUAA